UCAGAAAUAAAUGCACUUAAUAAAAAGGUUGAACAUUUGGAAACAGAACUAGAGCUCUUUAAAAAUUCUGUAAGCGAAAAAGGAGGCGAAAGAGUGGCUAACAAAAAAAGAAAAAAAAGAGGUAGCUAUCCAGAAAUGAAUAGUACAGAAGAUGGAAAAGGUACAGAAGCAAGAAAUUCGCAAGCAAAAAAAAAGAGGAAAAAGAAUAUUUAA